AUGGAUUCAGCAGUGUCAGCUUUUGCUGUGUAUAAAAAUAAUAAAUCGACAAAUCAAGCUAAGAAACAAAAGAAACGGAAUAAAUCGAAAGGUCAAUCAAGUAUACCAAAAUUAAAUGUAGAUGAAAUUGCUAAAGAAAUCGCUCAAAAAGUUAAAAAGAAGCAGAAGAAGGCAAAGGAUACCAAAAACAUAAUGAAAAAGAAACAACACAAGAAGAAAAAAGCGAAAGGUAAAACCGUAAAAAAUAAAACUAAAUCGCCGACUGUGGAACUAAAAUCAUUAAAUCAUGUAGAACCUGAAGAAAUUCCUGUCCUUGUGCACGUGCCUGCGUCACACAUGUUUCCUCUAGAAUCAGAUACAGAAGUUGAAGAUGUAUAUUCUGAGUCAGUUAUUUAUAAUGACACUGUAGAAGCGAGCGAGGUCUCAACAUUAGACAGCGAUUGCAGUAUUGAAUUUGUUCCGGUACAGACUGAUAGUGUGGAAGAAGGCCUGAAAGUAUUUAAAUGGAUGAUCGCUCCUUACGACCUAGACGAGUUUCUCACCAAAGUGUGGGAGAAGAAACCACUGCACAUAGUCCGGAAAAAACCAGAAUACUAUAAGGAAUUGAUCAGUACACCUUGUAUAGACAAUAUGUUGCGUACAGAAAACGUUCACUUUUCUAAGCAUGUAGACAUAACUACUUAUGUGGAUGGUAAGAGAGAAGACCAUAACCCUGAUGGAAGAGCCUUUCCACAUCUUGUAUGGGACUUUUACCUGAAUGGGUGCAGUGUAAGAUUACUGAAUCCCCAAACAUUCAUCCCUAAGGUACAUUUGUUAAAUGCUACUCUGCAAGAAUUCUUCAACACUUUUGUUGGUGCCAAUGUAUAUUUAACCCCUCCAGACAGCCAGGGUUUUGCUCCUCAUUAUGAUGACAUUGAAGCUUUUAUACUGCAAGUAGAAGGUAAAAAACACUGGCGAAUAUACAAGCCAUUAGACGAAAAUGGAGUUUUACCGAGAUAUUCAUCUAAGAAUUUUGACCAAAGUGAAAUUGGUGAUCCGCUACUUGAAGUGACAUUACAAGCAGGAGACAUGCUCUACUUUCCCAGAGGGUAUAUACAUCAGGCAGUCACAAUUGAUGGAGAACAUUCACUCCAUGUAACAGUCAGUAUGUAUCAGAAACAUGCAUGGGUAGAUUUAUUGGAAAAGAUGCUUCCGGCAGCGCUGGAAGUGGCUGCCACUGAAAAUGUAGAGUUAAGGCAAGGCCUCCCUUUCAAUAUUUAUGAUCACUUUGGGGUUGUUCAUGAAGAUUCAAACACUCCUGUCAGAAAACAGAUUAAAGAAGUAAUAAUAAAACUGUUGGACAAAAUUAAAGAUAAUUUGCCUAUAGAUGAUGUUGUUGACCAAAUGCAUAAAGAUUUUCUACAUUCUGCAUUACCACCUGUUUUAAAUGACACUGAGAAAGCAGUGACAGUGUUUGGUGACUCUGAUGUCAUGGUAGAAAAUGGAAAAGUCAUUAAUAGGAUUGAAAUAUCUCUCGAUACUAAAAUAAGAUUAUUACGUAAGAAUAUACUAAGGUUGGUUUCAGAAUACCAUAAGUACAUGAUAUAUUACUAUGUUCAAAACUCAUUGGAACACCAUGGCCAUGAACAACAAUCUUUUGAAAUUGAAGGAGAUCUCGCUGCUGGAGUAGAAAAUUUGAUACUUUCAUACCCAGAAUAUAUUUCUGUGGAGAGUCUAGAAGUGGACGAAGACUCAGCUAAAUUACAAUUAGCUCAGGUGCUAUAUAGUAAGGGACUGAUUAUGACUGAGUACCCAUUGGAAAAUGUUGAUGACUGA